CCCCCCCCCCCCCCCCCCCCCCCAAUCCGCAGCUCCGCACGCGCUCCUCGCCUCCGCCAUGUCUGGCCUCCUCCGGUGGAGGCGCCUCGCCGCCGCAGCCACGCGCGCCGCCUCCACCCUGACCGCAGCCGAAUGCUCCCCUGCCAUCGCGGCGGUCCCGCCACCGCACCGGCUCCUCCAGGAUCGGCGCAAGUGGGAGGGCCCCUCGUCCUCCUCCGGGGGCGGCUCCUCCUCGUCCUCCUCUAAUGACGAGCCGGAGCCGCGGCGUAUCCGCGCGGAGGCCCACUGCCCGCGCUGCUCCAAGCACAUGGACAUCCUCUUCUCCCACCGCGCCCAUCCCCCUUCAGCCCCCGCCGCUGUCGGCGGCUAUCAGACGCUCAACCUCUGUCCCAACUGCCGCACCGCCUACUUCUUCCACCCCAACCACCUCGCGCCACUUCAGGGCACCUUCGUCGAGAUCGGCCGCGUCCGGGCUGACCUGCCCCCGGACGGCGUCAGGGUCAGGGACCCCUCCUCCUGGGAAGCCAUCCGUGCGAGCUCGUCUUCGCGCGACGAUGGGGAUGGUAGUGGCGUGGCCGUGCAUGUGCCGCCCGGGCCACCGUUCCACCCUAGCCUUAACGUCGUCCGCGUAGCCGGAGGCGGUGGCGGGGGAGGAGCUGCUGGCGGGGGGGGCGAGGAGGGAGGAGGGGGAAAGGACGGAUGGGGCGGGUCGAACCUUGGGAAGGAUUUUCCGACACCUAAGGAGAUUUCCAAGGGGCUCGAUAAGUAUGUGAUUGGGCAAGACCGAGCCAAGAAGGUGCUAUCUGUUGCAGUGUACAACCACUAUAAACGUAUAUAUCAUCAGUCUCUACAGAAAGGGUCUGGAGCAGAUUUGGGUUGUUCUGAUGGAGAAGCUGAUGGUGAAGACAAUGUUGAACUAGAGAAAAGCAAUAUACUGUUAAUGGGCCCUACUGGUUCAGGUAAAACUUUGCUUGCAAAGACAUUAGCUCGGUUUGUGAAUGUGCCAUUUGUAAUUGCUGAUGCAACAACAUUGACCCAGGCAGGGUAUGUAGGAGAAGAUGUAGAAUCUAUAUUGUACAAGUUACUUACGGUGGCAGAUUUUAAUGUGCAAGCAGCACAACAAGGGAUGGUGUACAUUGAUGAAGUUGAUAAGAUCACUAAGAAGGCUGAGAGCCUUAACAUCAGUAGAGAUGUAUCAGGCGAAGGUGUUCAGCAGGCUUUGUUGAAAAUGCUCGAAGGCACGAUAGUCAAUGUCCCUGAGAAAGGAGCAAGGAAGCAUCCUCGUGGCGAUAAUAUACAGAUAGAUACGAAGGAUAUUCUGUUUAUAUGUGGGGGUGCUUUUAUUGACUUGGAGAAAACUAUAUCAGAGAGGCGGCAGGAUUCUUCUAUUGGAUUUGGGGCACCUGUCCGUGCAAGCAUGAGGACUAGUGGUAUUUCAAGUGCUCAAGUGACAUCGUCCUUGUUAGAAUCAGUUGAGAGCAGUGAUCUUAUAGCAUAUGGACUCAUUCCGGAGUUCAUUGGACGUUUUCCUAUCCUUGUCAGCUUGGCAGCACUAAAUGAGGACCAACUUGUUCAGGUUCUCACCGAGCCAAAGAAUGCUCUAGGUAAACAAUUCAAGAAGUUGUUCAGCAUGAAUAAUGUUAAGCUUCACUUCACGGAUGCUGCACUAAGAAUAAUUGCCCAGAAGGCAAUGUGCAAAAAUACAGGUGCACGGGGCUUAAGGACUAUCCUUGAGAAUAUUCUCAUGGAUUCCAUGUAUGAGAUUCCAGAUACAAAAUCUGGAGAGAAGCGAAUUGACGCAGUGGUUGUAGAUGAAGGUGCAGUAGGAUUGGUGGACCGACCUGGCUGUGGAGCUAAGAUCCUUUACGGCGAUGGUGCAUUUGAUCGUUAUCUAUCCCAGAUAAAGGCAAUGGGAGACGGAGCAGGAAGCGAAGUGGAUGGGGAUCCUGACCUUUCUUCGUCAAGAGCCAUGAGCAUGUGAUUUCAUGGUUCCUCUAGCUCUACUGUACACUGUAAAAAUCUGAUCCUAGCUGUAUUAAUGUAAAGAAAAAAAAACACAUGUGCAGUACCCAUUGCUAAUUCAAACCCCAGCUGUCUGGCCGUCCUCACGCCUUGCAUAAUCUGUAGCAGGAUUGGGAAGUGUAUAGUGGAGCAAGUUGGGUGUCGACGUGUGUGUGAAGGUGAGAGACUUUUUAUGUGAAGAACUGUAAUGCUUGCCAGAUGUUGUAAAACUUCAAACACUGAGAUGAAGGGGUUGAAAUUUAGCAUGGAGAUACGAAAUUAUGUUA